CAUUCAUUUCCCAUAUAUAUGUUUAACUCUCUAUUGGGAGACGAACUUGCGACAUUUUGCGUUCCCGAAAAAGAAAAAUAUUAAUAGAGAAUCAAUGGAAGAAAGCGUGGGUUGAUUUGAAGAGGAAUUCAGAUAUGGUUAAAUUUUUUGGUGAGAGUGAUUCUCCUAGUCCUGGUGAGGAAAUUAAUGAAAUGGAGGCGCUGGAGGAUGAAGAAGAAUACGAGGAGGAAAUCAGCUAUGAGGAGCUGAAAAAGCGGAUGUGGAAGGAUCGUAUAAGGCUGCAAAAGAUGCAGGAGAGGCGUAUGAAUGAUGAGCCUGAUAAAUUGUCAGAGGCCAAGGAAGAAGCAUCUCGGCGUAAGAAGAUGUCUAGAGCACAAGAUGCCAUCCUCAAAUACAUGAUGAAAAUCAUGGAAAUUUGCAAGGGUAAAGGGUUCGUUUAUGGGAUAGUUACAGAGAAGGGUAAGCCAAUUACUGGUUCAUCUGACAGUCUACGCAAGUGGUGGAAAGAGAAGGUUCACUUUGACAAAGAUGCUCCUCUGGCGAUUGCUGAAUUCCUUCCAGCAAUUAUUGAACAAAGUGAAUUGGACCCUAUUUCUUGUAUGCAUCUUCUUCACGAAUUGCAGGAUACUACUCUUGGAUCACUUCUUUCUGCUCUUAUGCAACAUUGCGUGCCUCCACAAAGGAGAUUUCCACUAGAGAGGGGUCAGGCCCCUCCUUGGUGGCCAACAGGGAACGAGCUUUGGUGGGGUGAACAAGGGGUAUCCCAACAAUAUGGCCCUCCUCCAUACAGAAAGCCCCAUGACCUUAAGAAGGCUUGGAAAGUCAGCGUGUUGGCAGCAGUCAUCAAGCACAUGUCCCCAAAUUUGGAUAAGAUAAGGAGGCUGGUGAGACAAUCCAAAUGUUUGCAACAUAAGAUGACAGCCCACGAGACUGCAACUUGGUCCAAAGUGGUCAACAAUGAAGAGGCCCUUUCAAAACUCACUGACAAGUGUCUCAAAAUCUCACCUUCCAAAGAUGAUAGAGAAGAAGACGAUUCACAGCAUAGUCCACCAGCUGAUAACCGCAGGCAUGGUAAGCGGAUUGCCAGCUCUGGAGAAAAAAGGAAGUGUGCUAAAACUUUUGAGGGAUAUGGCAGUGAAUUUAGAUUAGGCUUCUUAAACAAGAGCUCGAGGACUGAUCAUGAAUCUAGUACUUCCUACGAUAGUAGUGAAGAAACCAAUCCUGAAUCUGAUCUGUAUGACAAUAAUCUCAUUCCAUAUGGUCAUUACUCAUUUAGUCUUCAGACCAUAUCGCAGACAAAUACCAAGGACGAUGCUCAGAAUCUACUUUUUGGGAUUGAUCGGCACAAUAUGGAACUCACAAAAGCUGGUGAGCAAAUGAAUGAAGUUGCGAAUGCGGAUAUAUCUAGCUUAACUUUGCAAGAUUAUUUAGACUAUUUGAGUGGUACAAUUGAGUAUCUACAAUUGCCUGAAGAACUUCAAAUUCAAAGAGGAGACAUGGACUUAAAUACGUUCAUAGUAUUGCGAGAGAACAUGGAUGAUGAUCAAGGAGUAACAUCAAUUUGGGAUAUGGGAUUUGAAUGAGUUACAAGAUUUUUUGUCAUUGCAAACUCAACACAUGAUGUUUCAAAUGCUUGAGGAACUUCACUUACAGCAGAAGAUCAAAUAUGCUCAAAGAAGUCUGUUUAUUUGUAGAAAUUUUUCGACCUUUUCUUUUUGUCUUUUGUUUUCCUACCUUUUGUAACCUUGGUGCUCCGG